GUGGAAAGAGGGAGAAAAGAAGGAGAAAGGAGAAGGAAAAAACAGAGAAGAAAGAGAAACACGAGUGCGGGUGCGCGACUGCAUGCGCCGCUGCGGCGACGCCAUAGUACCGCAACCCGCCGUCCACCGUCGUCUCGGCGCCACAGUCUUUCUCUCCGUAUGCACGGAGCCGGCUGAAACUGACCGUCCAGCACGUACAUACCUUUUUCCCUUUCCUUUUUAACGUGUACGUCCACUAUCUCGACACGCUUCUUAUACAAUGGUACUUGCAGACACAAAUGUGGCAAAUCUUCUUCACGAUCCGCAACAGCAACAACGACAACAAGAACAACAACGAUGUCAGCGUAAAUGUUGUUAUGAAGCUCAUAGAGAAUUUCCAUUAGAACGAGAAAAUCGACAAUGCAAAUCCAUGGAAAACGGAAAUUCAGAAGAAAUAUCGGUUACAAACAUAACGGAUGGGGAGAGCUUGUGUUACAGUUUAGCUCUGAUACGAGGUCGUGUAUCAAUGGCAUGUACCUUCGUUAUUGUACGAAAUCAAAAUAAUCAAAGUUCUGAAUGGCCAAUCGUGUCUGGUGAAUUUCGUGUGAUAGUAGAAUUGACACGCGGUCCAAAUAAGUUAGAAUUAGAAGUGGCAGGUCAUAAGAAAGGACUACUUCUAAUUCACGAACCAAGAACGACGAGACUACGUGUAACUCCUGUUUAUGUGAUUUGCGCCGGUCACGAUGGAUAUUUCCAAGGUCCCCGGGGAGAAGAUCAGUCGCCGGAAAGUGCUGCGACAAGAAUAGGUCUCGGUGCCCGACUUUUACAAACUCUCACCGCCGAGAAGUUAAGGGAGGCAGGUUACGGAAGGAAAACGUUUCAACUGGAACGAGACUUGGAUGGAGCAGAAUGUUUGGUAAUGCACAGCAUGCUCGACGUCGAUCGAGCACGUGCGAUGAAUCAACGGGAACUUUGGGAAUUGAUCGCACGAGAAUUAAUGACCGGUCCUUUGGCAUCGAAAGAUCGCAAGUACCUCGCAUUUCUUUCUUGUACUAGAUAUCGCGGCGCACCAAAUCCACGCACUCACGAAGACACUUUAGCGAGGACGCAAGGACAUGCCGCGCUUGGUGGCGGUGGAUUAGCGUUAUUUGGUUCGGCUUGUCUUCAUACGUGGCCCACCUGCAUGGCUCAGGUAUUGCCUAGAUUCCUUGACGCAACGGUUAUCGAUACGGAACAGUUAAUGGAUGAUAGUAAUUAUCGCGGUACACAUGGCGGAUGUCUCGCUACGACUCUUGGUUCUGUUCUCCAUGAAUUAGGGCACACUUUCGAUCUUGGCCAUACUCGCGAAGGCAUAAUGGGCCGCGGAUUCGAUUAUGUUGAUCGUGUCUUUGUCGGGGCGGCUGGAAUCGAUUUCAAUCGCAAUCCUGUUCUACGAAGAGAUCCACAACAUACAAUCAUUGCAUUAAGUAGACCGCUCAGCGUCACGGUCACCAUACAAGAACCGUAUGGUCUAUUAGGAAGCCCUCGAAGAAAUCGCCUGCUAUCCGAAUCCUCCCGUCCUUCGUCUUCUCAAAGUCCUUCACGAUUACUCGGCAGGUUAUCCGCACCUGCUAGUCCAGAACUCAACAGAUCCUUUUCAAAAAGUCUCUUACAACCUACAUUCGAGCAGUCUCCAAAUUCGCAAACUGAUCGAACAUUUUGGUCACCGUCUUGCGCAGCAUUCCUUGCCUAUCACCGAUGGUUCAACAGCGAAAUGGACAACGUUUUCAACCGACCUUUCCACGACAUAGAAUAUGAUGGGAAAAGGAACGUUGUAAGAUCUCGUUUCGGAGUACGAGUAAUAGAGCUUCGAGAAACAUCUGGUGGAAUGGUAGUCAGUUCUCGACAAUUCCCAGGCUCUCGCCCACCUUUCGAGGCAUUAGUUCCACCAGCUCCACCUCAUUGUCUUACCGCUUUGACUCUUGCCGCUGAAGAUUCAACUGGCAACGUUCUCAAAUAUCCUCUUCCAACGGCAUUUUGAAGUUUUCACCAUCGUCGAAAUCUUCCAAGCAGGAACACAAUUAAUGAUUCAAUGCCGAUGAAUCAACUUUUUAUCUUUUUUUCUUUCUCCUUUUCUUUUCUCCUAUUUCUUUGCCAUUUUCGUAGAAGCGUGUACGAUUAGUACGAUUAACGUUAACAAUGAUGCUUUUCUGCUAAAGCUAAUUUAACCGAUAACAAUCUCAAACUCGGUCUU